AUGGAAGAAUGUGAGAGCCGAAUAGAAAAUACAGUCUCGGACUAUCUUUGGAAAAUGUGUCCACCCAUCUUUAUUUGUUUUGGAUUAACAGGAAAUAUCCUUACAAUAUUAGUUAUCAAACGCCUUGGAUUUCGAAAACAACCGACCCUGACAUUUCUUCUGUGUUUGGCGAUAAGUGAUAUUUUUGUUUUGUGUACCGGACUUCCAAGAUAUUGGAUUCUCUAUGUUUUUCAAUAUGACUUGAGAACGGCAAGUAAUGCCAACUGCAAACUUUAUUAUUUCUUUCUGUAUUUGUCGAUGCAUUUAUCAUCUUGGAUUCUUGUCGGAGUCACUGUAGAAAGACUUAUCAAAGCAUAUUUUCCAAUGAAGUAUCGUGGACUAUUCAGCUAUAGAAUUGUUAUUAUUGGUUUAUUUGUAACUUUUGUUACUUUAGUUCUAAUAAAUGGACAUUUCUUUUUUACUAACGGUAUAAACAAUUAUACUGAAGGAUCAUGCGGUUCACUUAAUCCUGACUUUUUCUUUUUUGACGAGAACAUCUUUAUAUUUAUUGACUUCUCCAUUGUAGGCGCAGUUCCAUUCAUUAUCAUGUUUGUGUGUAAUAUUCUUCUCAUCCAUGUUCUCCGGACAGUUCAGAAGGAAAGAGUUUCGAUGAUGCAUAAAUCGGUAUAUCAACACACAACAAGGUUUAGUGUUAAAAUGACGAAAAUGUUAGUGGCGUGUACGUUUUACUUCUUAAUUGCUACAACGCCAAUUUCAGUAUAUAUGAUACUUGAUACAUACUUGUUACCGGUGUAUGAAGAGGAAAACAACUGUGUAGCAAUUUCAAGAAUGGACCUAGCCUGGAGUAUCACGUAUAUUCUAGAGUAUUCGAACUCCUGUAUCAAUUUUUACCUUUAUACAGCGACAAAUGACAGAUUUUACAAAGAGCUCAAAGCCUUACUGCGAUGUCAUCAAAGUUUACGUAUGAUGAGAGUGUACAGCGCACAGCAGCACAGUGGCAGUGGUGGUCGUACACUGGCAACUUUGUCGACAAGUCACGGCAGUGGCAGGAGUGGUCGUACACUGGCAACUUUGUCGACAAGUCACGGCAGUGGCAGGAGUGGUCGUACACUGGCAACUUUGUCGACAAGUCACGGCAGUGGCAGUAGUGGUCGCACACUGACAACUUUGUCGACAAGUCACGGCCCUGAUCCUUUACAGUCGGACGAAGUAAGACGUGCAUAGAUUAUGCCAGAUUACAUUAUAAUUUCGAUGAAAACGUAUACAACUGCAGUUUAGCAUUUAUCUCUUUGAAUAUUGUUAAUAAGUGAUCAUAGACGAGUCCUGUUUACAGAGAAGUCCAUGCUGACUUGUUUGUUUUGAUGUUUAUUAUGACACAUUAAGUUAGUUGUAACUUGACCGAAAAUGAUAAACGUCUAUGCUUAGAAUGAACAAUGACCUCGCUUGUUGUCUCGCAGGAGUGAAAAGUCUGUUCGUGGUGAUUUUCUUCUUUUAUGUCUACUGUUUGGAUGCUCGCACGGAUUUCAUCUUUACUUGUCCAUAUAACUACCUAGUGGAUAAGUAUUUGUUUGUUUAUAUAUUUUAUGUUGUUAUAUCACGCAUAGUAUUGUGUAAUAUAUGCCGC